CCUCUGUUACGGAACUUUUUAUAUGUGCGCAUCUUUUUUUCCUUUUCUUUCUGAUGUCUUCUUGUAUUUCUGUUUCACUACAAGUGCAGAAAGUCAAGUGCAGCUCCACAGAAUUAAAAGACUAGCCGUAUAGUGGUAGUGUGUAUCACGAUGCUCGUAAUUUCGUUAUGACUUGUUCAUUCCUUUAUUAAUAUUACAAAUUGACUGAACAUUCCCCGAAAAAUGACGCUAUAUCACUUCGGAAAUUGCCUGGCAUUGGUAUACGUGCCGUACUAUUUGACUUACAAAUAUUCUGGCUUGUCGGAGUACGGUGCCUUCUGGAAAUGCAUUCAAGCCGGCGGUAUUUAUAUAUUCACGCAGCUCGUAAAAAUGCUGGCGCUUGCAACAUUUUUUCCAACCGCCGACAAUAUGGGAGAGGAGGGUUUUGAUAUCUUUGGAGAAUUUUUAAAGUCGUCCAUUGAUCUAGCAGACUUGGUAGGAAUUUUACUGGUACUAAAUAGUAUACCUGGCAAAGGCCAUGCGAAGGUAUUAACUGCUGGCAUAGGAUGGGCGGGAGCUGAAGUGCUGCUUACGAGAUUCUUGUUGCUCUGGGUUGGAGCACGUGGCGCUGAGUUUGAUUGGAAGUACAUUCAGAAGAGUCUCGAGUCGAAUAUCAAUUUGGUGCAGCACAUAACAACCGCAACAUUGGUUUGGUUGUGGUCCAGACACGAUUUACGACGUGGUUUAGUUCCUAUAGUAAUUGGUAUGCUUGUACUUACGGUAUAUAGGCCGCUCAUGCUGGACUUCCUUUCGUCACUUUUAUUAGCUGGCCCAUGGUCAACACUUAUUAUUAAAGCGAUCACUACCUUUUUCAUCGGUGCAACAACAUUGCAUAUUUACGCGGGCCUCGCACAUUCAAUUGGUAUUUUCUGAACAAUGUAAUAACGAAUUUAUGUAUAUACAUAUUUAUUGUGAUGUACAGUUACAUUAAUCAGUGUCUCCCAUUUUUAAUAAUACCAUAAUUGUACAUUACAUAAUAAAUAUUACUGUUAUUACAUUUA